AUGAAUAACAAAAUUAGUAACACGUAUCAAGAUCAUCUGAUCGUCCACUUUGUGGAAAAUGGAAGAAGACAAAAAUAUGAAUUGUUUGGGAAGACGAUAUAUCCCAAUAUUGUGAUGAGUAAAAGUUCUAUAGACUUUCAGUACAUUUUAAAAAAUUUAUUUGCCCAAGAAACAGUGGAAAUCAAAAAUGUGUGCAAUUUUAAAGUGUACUUCCAGUGGUUUUUUGAAGAAAAUAAUAUGUAUCCAAAUUUUAAUCAAGUUUUUAAUAUAAUUCCCCAUAGAGGUUUUUUACUGCCCUAUGAGACAAAACAAAUAACGCUUACUUAUAACAGCAUAAAUGAAACGUAUUACAAUGUUAAUGUAUUAUGUCAAAUUAGGAAUGGCCCCGUGUAUCCUCUCAAAUUGAUAGGUGGAUAUUCUGACAUUAAAUAUAGCAUCAACAAGAGGGAGUUGAAUUAUGAUAUGCACUAUAAAUCCGUUGGGGAAGAUUUGCUAACCAUCCAAAACACAGGGAAAAUUAGACUUUUCGUUGAAAUUGUUUAUAAUAUAAAAUUUCCUUCUCUACUGUAUACAAAUGUGAAUAAUUUUUUUAUCGAGCCGCACAACAGUAAGGAUAUCAUUUUUUACUUCAUACCUGGUAUUCCUCAAAAUGUGACGGAGACCAUUUUGCUGAAAAUUUGCAAUUUUGAGGAAAUUAAAGUGAGUUUACGUUCAAAGGACAACUCGAAUGUGUUGAUUCUAACCGUGCAAGAUGUUGCAGAUGGAUGUGCUGAUAGGAAAAAUGGAGAACUAGCGGAUCAAGUAUACCCGCAAGAAUGUGAUCGAAACCGCGAAACGAAAGACGGGGCGAGAAAGAAGAGCGAAUUUAACCCCAUAGACAGCUUGAUAAAUAAAGCCUUUUUACCUGAUGACGAGAAUUCCCAUUAUGAAAAUCAGCGAAAGGGGCUUAUCCAAAAACUGAAAGCCAGCUACGCGGGGGUAUUUCUGUCCCUCGGCAGGCAUAUCGAAGAAAUAUUGGCCCUUUAUCACGACCGCCUGGGCGGAGCUAGCGCGCAAGGGGCGCACACGGAGAGGAAUGACGAAGGAAUGGGCAUAAUGGGUGAAGCAGAUCAAUUUAGCGAAGCGGGAAAAUCGGGCGAAUCUGUUGAAGUCCACAGGGCGAACCAAAUGGACAGCUUAUCCGGCGGUUCAACUAAAAAAAUGGACUCCUCCGAACGCCCCAAGCGCAGGUACAACCUCAUAGGCAUCUUAAAAAGCUAUUGCGCGAAAAACAGCGAUCUUUGUGGUAUCUUUUCCGAUUUGCUGAAAUCCUUCAUUUUGAACCAAAAGGAUGACAAGUACAUUCUCGGGAGCUUUUCAAUGUUGAAGAAGUUAGCCAACUUCGAAAAGCUCUCCUGCCACGGCUACGCGAGCAACGAGUACCUCCUAAAAUACCUGAAGCGAGUAAUUUUAGAAAACAACACCGAGCUGCAACGGGUCUGCUUAAAUAUGGGCAAUGUAACCAUUAAAGAAAAGAAGGAGGGUAUAAUUACGCUAAAGAAUUUAAGUAAAGACAAAGUAAAAUUAAGUUACCAUUUGGGGAAUCCCGAAAUGAAGGACAUAAUAACAUUAGCAUGCGAACAUAAGGAAAUAGAUAAGGGGCAUUCCAUCAACUUGAAAAUUAUAAUUGAUAAUAAGUGUGAAAAGGAAAAAUUAUUUUCAGAACAAAUGUUCAUAUGCAUGAAUGAUAAGAACUACUACACGGUGGAUAUAAAAUUUAAUUACAUCAUCCCGGAUCUCCAUCUAUAUUAUAGACAAAUUCAUUUUGAAAAAGUGCAAGUGAAAAGGUGUUUAUGUAAAACGAACCGAUUGAUAAAUGCCAAAAAUGUGAAUGUAAAAUUUAAAGUGAAAAAUAUUAUUUUCCAUAAUAAAAAGUUAGAAUAUUAUCACUUAAAAAAAAGGGCCCAAAUUUUUAUAAUACCCAGUAAGGGGAUCAUUAAAAGUAAUUCAUUUUUGGACAUUCGCAUAUUCUUUGAGCCUUCGGAUGUUUAUAAAAAUGCCAAAAUAAGUAUCGAACUGUUUAUUUAUCAUUCCACUUUUACGAAAAGCAUGGACGCUUAUCUGAACAGCGUUAGAGAUCAUGUGCAGGCUGAACCCAGUGACAUUAUUGUCAAACCUCUCCUCCUCAACAGUGGAAGUGUACACCACAAAAUGAGAAUUGCCAACUUAAACAACUAUUCCAAGUAUCUGUUUAUUUACAACUUGGAUAACUACUAUAAGUACUUUCAAAGCUUCCUAUAUGAUCUCUUAGCCAUCCACUCACAUAUAUACAUUGAAAAGAACGACGAAGGUGAUUUUUUCUAUAGCAAUUUGAUGCACUACUUGGUGGGUGUGUACAGAAGGCAAUUAGAUCGAAUAAGAAAUUGCGACAAAGGGGGGAGAAGCGCUCCGAACUGUGACGUAAAUAGUUAUAUCACACAAGGUUGGCAUAGCAUAGAGGACCACCAGGGAGUCACACACGAAGGGGAGGAUUUCAAACCGCAUGAUGAGAGAAAAAUAGUCGAAAGAGACCUCAUACAUGUGAAACACCCACCUGUAAAGGGCCAAAAAGGAAGUAAACCUGCCGAAGCGCAGUGCAAAGACAAGAAGGAAAAAUAUCAAUCAAAAAAGAGAAAUGAAAUGGAAAGGGAAAAAGAGAAUGACGAAACAGAUGAAUUAACAAACAAGAAGGAAAAACUGAAUGAUAUACUAGCCGAUUGUAUACCUGCAAAAAAAGAUGAUCCAAACGGUGUAGUUGCAGCCCCGAGUGACCAACAAAGGAAUAUGAAAAUUUUAGAAAAUAAAAUUGCCAUCUUAGAGGAACUUAUACAGAAAAACGAAACGAAGUACAAUUACUUUGAAGAAUAUUUAAAAAUAAUAAAGAUGAAAAAGAAAAUAAAACAGAAUUUCCUGCUCAUUUGUCCAAAAUAUGUGAAUCAUAAGGGGAUUGGGAGCUACCUGCUGAACAAUACCGUUUUGAAUUUUUCUCCCCCCAGAAAAACAGAAACGAGUAGCUACCCUGAGAGUGAUAACUUCCUAACGAUUGGAGAGAUAAUACGAUGGUGUAACGAGAUUAACGAGAAGAACAACUACCCGUCUAGCGUGAAAAGCAACUUCAUUCAUUACAUCAUCCACGAGAGGAACAUAAACCGGAAUAGGCAUUCUAUCAAAAAGGUAAGGAAGUCUAACAGAAGCAUGCACGAAGGUUUGGCGAACUCGGCGGAUGCAGCGAAUGCGACCUGUUCGGGCCUUUCUGCAAUUCCUGGGCGAACGCAUCAGAACAACUUAGACUACUACGUGACUGAAGUGCUAAAUGUGGGAGAGAAAAAAAGGGACCACGAGCAAGCCGAAGAUUGCAUAAACACGAAUGAUGGCAUAAGCACGAUUGACGGCGUAAACACGAAUGACGGCAUAAAAAUAAUUGAGAAUAAAGACUCGCACCUAAUUUUAAAGGGAGGUACGUAUAACGAGCGAGUAGACAUCACAAAUAAAGAUGCAUAUGCUGCAAAGGAAACCAAGGGGGAUAACGAAAAAGACGGGAAUUGCUCAAAUUUGGGAAAAAAUAAAUUCAAAAAAACACCAAACUUAAGAAGCAUAAAAUCUAAGAUAGACAAUAAACAUGCGAUAAGUAUGCAUAGGAAAAAAAACAACUGCAGGAAUGACGACGGAAAAAACAAUGAUGGUGGUAGCUUGUUGGACCAGAAGGCAUUCUUUGACAAGUACAACUUGAGACAUAAUUUUGAUUUCCUGAAGCACUUUUUUCACUUUGCCCUCCUCAACGAUGAAGAGUUUAUGAGUGACGUGAAAUCAUUAUUAAAAUUAACCAUGACGGAACGGAAAAAAAACAAAGGAGAAAAUUCUAACAAAAAGAAUAGCACCUUGGCAAAUCUGUUUCAGAUAAUCCUGAAGAAACUGCUACUAUCCCCAUUAUACAUGAAUGGCGCGGUGUUUUUCUUUAAAAAAAAUGAAUACAUAAAUUCGGAGUGUUUUUUCACCACAUUUUUGAGGCUCACCUCGGAUGAGAAUAAUCAUAUAAUUUAUUUGAACCCAGUGGAAGGGUAUGAGGAAUUUUUUAACCCGUCUAGCGGCGCGGAUAAGGGGAAAGACGCGGUUGAAAAACGAGGCAAAGAUGGGAAAAGCGAGGAGGCAAAAAGAAACGACGCAAAGGACAGCCCAACAACGGACGCACAACGACUUAAAUACUUUUAUGAAAAUAUGACCAAAAAAUAUCAAGAGAAGAUUGAGCGUAAAUUAAAAGAGAAACAGGAAAUCGAAAAAAUAAUGGAGUCCUUAAGAGGACACACCGAUUGGGGCAAAGCUGAACUGGUUCCAUACUCUGUGGAUGGCAGUGAGAACAAGAAGGGGGACACUGACGAGGAACGGAAAAACGCCAACUUAGAAGGUAAAACAGAAGAAGUGGGGGAAUAUUCUUCAUCCGUUGAGCAAAAAGACGGAGAUGAAUUGCUAAGAUGCUCUAAAAAAGGUGAUCCAUGGGAAGACACAAAGGAUAGCGACAUGUCAAGAGAAAAGUGGUCAAGCACGAAAAAAGACGUACAGUGUUGCAACGCGAAUGUGCACAGAGCUGUGGAGAGGCUGUAUGAAAAAAUCGUAAUUUGCAAAGAGAAAAAAAUCCUGAAUAAGCAAAUAAUUGGCCAACUUAACACUCACUGUGUUGAAAGAAAUGCACAAGUGGAUGAGAAAAUUAUCAAGUAUAAUAAAAAGGUGAGCAAAAUAAAUAGCUACAUGAAGAACGACUACGUGGAACAUGUGUCAUUUUACAAAGAAUUAAAAAUUGUAUUGCGUAACUUAUUGAGAGAUCAUUUAAGGAAGGGAACGGAUGACAAUUCUAACAAGUUGGAGGAUCCAGAUCUAGCGGACCCUCUGGCGGGUAACAAGGAAAAGGGAGAAGCAACUGAUAAUGACACAGCACAAAUUGGCAAAGAAAAAACAAGUAACAUGUACGUAAGGAGAAUAAACAUUCAACUUAGUGAAAACUUUGUGGAAAAAAUAUAUCAAGAAGACGGAGAAUUGAAAAGCAUAAAUAGUCGAGUCAUCGAUGGGGUAGAGAUAACGGCAGAGAAGACCGAAAAGGAGGAGGAGCAGCAGGUUGGCAAAGUCGCAGAAAGUACCAUCAAAGCAGUAGAGACAAACAAAAUCAAUAAAAAAUUUGAUUCGCAGAAUGUUCAGAAGGGAAACGGCGGAGGCAAAAACAGAAAUGCCAUCAGCGAAAAAAUACCAAACGGAGAUGCAGCGGAACGUUGCACCCAAGUUGAGGAAAGUGUAAAAACAGUUGUUAACAAAAAUGAAGAACUGAUCAGGUACUUAAAACAAAAAUUUGUUCAAGUCAACUUCUUUUACUUUUUUAUAAACGAAGAAUUAUGCUUUAGAAAGAGGAAUGUUCUGAACGAAAUUUCCAAAAUCGUCCAGGAAAAAUAUAGAGACGUAAAAACGUCCGCCUACUUCUUUGACAUCCCAACCCCCAAGAUGUACGACGCCUUUAAUAUGCAGAGCUUCCUUCAGACCAGAAAGAAUUUGGAAAAAUGCGAGUGCAACUUUUAUGGUACCAAUGAGAAGGAGAAAGCUGGAGUGGUGGCUCGGAAAGACGGGCACGAAGAAGACAAAGUGGUAAAAGAGGAAGAGUACGGGGGUGAACUACAAAAGGGAGAGGCACUGCAUAAUAGGGAAAAGCAAGAUGCACGAGUAGAGAACGAGUUACAGACAGGCAAAUCCAAAAGGAAGAAAAAGGAGAAGAAAGAAGACAAGACAAGAGAAAAAGACGCAAAGGAAGACAAGGAAGAAAACCAAAAGGACAAACUUGAGGGCGAAGGGGAUGAGUACAAAAGUGAGAAGAAGGAGAAAAGGCGGAAGAAGAAGAAGAAGCGAAGUGGAAAGGAAGUCGAGGGAGAAAAGGAGAAGAAGAUGGAGGAGGAGAAAAAGAUGGAAAUUGAUACGAAGGAGAAGUGCGAGACACAACAAAAGGGGAAAGUACAGGAGGAGGACCUACUUGGGGAUCCCCUAAAAAAGACGGAGAAGAACCAUAAGGAAGGUGAAAAAGAAGGGGGAAAAAAGAAAGAAAAGGAACACCUCAAAAGAAAAGACGAAAUGCAAGAGAAGAAAAGGAAGGGAAGGAAAAAAGAAAAGGAAAAAAAAAAGGAUACCAAAGAGAAGAUAGACAAGAGCGAGUACAAAACAGGGGAUGAAGCGCCGGAAGAUAGAAACGACCUCGACAAUAAGGAAGAAAAGAUCGAGAACAAAAGCGAAGAAGGAGAGGAAACACCCAACAGAAACGCAACCGACGAUAGUGAUGUGAAGAAGCUGUACCUUUACGGGGGAAAGGAACUUACGGAGGAGGCUUAUUUUGAAGAAUUGAAAAAAAAAAAGUAUGAGAUAAAGGAUGAAUAUGACCACAUUUUCUAUAACUUUCGAAACGCACGUGCAGUAGGUGAAGCGGGAGAAAGGGGGAAAAAAAAAGACCAUUACAUAAUCGAGUUUUUAGAAGUAGACAACUCCUACGAUAAGAGGGACGAAAUUCGACACAGAAAUAUAACCCACGUAAUGUUGCAAAAAAACACAUCCACCGAAAUAAACGUAAAAAUUAACACCUACAAAAUAGUGAACAUAAAAAAAAGAAUAUGCUUAAUAGACCUUCUUGGGAACUACUUUUAUUUAAAUCUACUUGUGGUGAUUGAUAAGCCUAGGAUUUACUCCAAUCCGUAUUUCAUAUUUAGCAACAACGUUGUUAUGUGUGCCCCCAGAAGUAAUUGCUUUGUUUUGUGCAAAAAGAUGUACAAUUUUGACCGGGUACUGAUAGGAAGAAAUGUCCACUCAUUUAAGCAUAUCAUCCGAACGGAGUUAAAAGACGAGUGUGAAGAGCACCUCCUAAAUUUUUUAAAAAUUUUUAGAGAUAUCAAUUCUCCCAAAUUUAAAGUAGCAAAAAUGCGAAGAAAAAAUAUUACACCCAUUUUGAGCAACUCCAGUAGCAACGAAAAGGACAAGUACAAAUCGAAGAAGUCAGAUGGGAUGAAAAAUAACGAAAUUUCUAAACAUUUGUAUAAGCACGUGCAGGUUUUAAAUUUAUUUAACUCCUCUUACUUCGACUGCUUUGUCGAACUUUCUUUUGACAAUGUGCCUUGCAGCAGUGAUAAAGAUUACCAGGCGAAUGAAGUUAAUCGUGCCGAUAAUUUGAUAAGCAAUAACGAUUUUUAUGUGUACCCGAAGAAGUUUUUCAUUCUUUCUAAGAAAUGGAAAAAAAUUAUCGUUUUGUUUUUACCUAAAAAGGUGGGUCCCUUUUUUGAAAAAUUGCAGCUGUCUAUAUAUUCUGUAACAAAUGCGGCAGCAGAUAUAAAUUACCAAAAGGAGAUGAUCAAUGGGGACAAAAAGAAGGACAGCGCACCACUCUGUGAUAGCCUGUUCUCGAACGACAUAGACUUAGCCAACAAACAGGUUGACAAUUACUUGUAUGAUAUAUUCUCUCUGUCCUUAAAGGGGGAAGGAAUAAAGUGCUGCCUGAAAAUGAACGAAAGUUUCUUAAACUUUCCCAAAAUUCUUCUGAACUCAGUUCAGCAAAAAAGUGUAGAAAUGAAGAACUGUACUUACUGCGACCUUGCCUGGUUUGUAGACCCUGCCGAGUUGAGGAGCGACUCCCCAUUAUCCAUAAAUCCUACAAAAGGAAAUUUACUAAAAAAUGAAAAAAAAACGUUAACAGUUACCAUCAAAACGGAUAGUGUCAAUACGAUAAAGAAAGAAAUAAAAAUCUACUAUGUGGAGAAGAAUUUCAGCAAAAGUGACAAAAUGAGGAACAACGUUUAUUUCACAUCCCUCGCGGUGGAAGCAGAAGUUUGCAAGUCCUUCAUUCAAGUAAGUACCGAAAUUGUGAAGGAAGAUGCGGAGGAGAAAUUCGACCCACUAACUGAGGGUGCCGACGUUGGGAGGAUCAUAUCCAAGCAUAACCGUCCUGCCAUGGAAGUGGUCUCGCCAAAGAGCAAGCAACUGUUGCCUUCCCACCUAGGGAACGUUUUAGAAGAAGACAUUAACUUCAAAUAUGUGGAGGUAAAUCAAACCAAAGCAUGCUUGUUCAAAGUAAAAAAUACAGGAAAGUUCAAAAUAGUCUACGUAGCAGAAUUAAAUGACGACUCCUUUUUAAAUUAUGUAAGUAUGGAAUGUCUAACUGAUAGUGUAAAUUCGAACGAAAUGAAAAUAAUAAAACUGAAGGUAAGAUCAGGUAGGAAGGCCAAAUUUCAAAAUGUGCCUCUCAUGAUACACUUUUACGACAUGGACAACAAUCACAUUCAAACGUACAAAUAUGCCAUUUCUGUGUUUUUCGAUUAUAACUAUGUUAGAGUUAUCCCCUCUAUUCUUAAUUAUGACUCUGUGGAGGUUAAGAAGGAAGAAACCCGAUUCUUUAAAAUCAUCAAUGAUGGACAUUUUGAUUUUAAAUACGAGAUAAAAUUGUUAAAGAGUAAGAUAAAGAACGCAGAAAAGGAUGGGGUGUUACGAUACAACAACGUUGGAUGUGUGCCAUAUAAUGCAAAUGCCGAUUUGAAAAGCCCCUUUUCCAUUUCACCAAUUAGCGGUUUGGUGAAGUCCAAAGGGGAGGAAACCGUCAUGGUUCUGUUUAAUUCGAACGAAGAGAGGCAGUACAGAUUUGUCUACAUUGUCGAGGUGGAGAACCUCAUGUGGGACACGCUUCAUACUGAUAGUAAGAAAAAGGAGCACAGGGAAAACAGACAACACACUGACAAUCACAGAGAAGUGAUUAAAAUUUUUGCCUCGUCUGUGAAGCCCACCAUUUCCUGCGAUGUGAAAAACAUAUUCGAAGAAGUUUUGAUAUUAGAAAAAACAGAAGGCUAUGCCAACUUUUUAGAUCAUUUCUUAGGCAAGAACAGCUACUAUAAUUCAGAUGAUAAUACGCUAUACUUAAGAUGGUGCCACGUGAAUGAGUGCAUUAAUGAGCGAAUAAAGAUCUGCAACACGUCCGAUGUAAAUGCGAAGGUUCAUGUAGAAAUUAAGGAACUGGAAUUUGCCAACUAUAGGAAUAGAAGCGGAAAGGGAAAAGAAAAGGAACGAGAAAAGCGGGGGGACAAGGGAAAAGAGAACGAAAACGAACCAAAAAGAUCCAGUGUGACUCCCCAACAAUCAUCCCCCAUCCGUUUUAACAUGCGAGUUCAAAAUGACAAUGAAAUAAAGUCAAAGUGGUGUUUGACCGAAUUGAAUGAACAAGGGCCUGGUGUCACCUACGGUGGUGCGUCCUCCUCUCUCAGCACCACCACAGGGGUUUCGCGUUACCAGCACAAAUAUUUAGACAUAUGUUUUUAUUCAAACCAAAUAGGAAGUAAAAAAUUUCUCUUAAAUAUCCACCUGACAAAUCAGCAAAACUUGUUAUGUUUUUCGUUUUACAUAAGUGUAGAAUUUUUUUUGCCCUCCAUUAAUCUGAUCAUUCCACAAAGCUUGCUGAAGCAGCGCCAAGAAGAUAAGAUCUACGAUUUGGGGGAUAUCCACCUGAACAGUGUUAUUUCGUUUAAAGUGAGAUUAAAAAAUUGCUUCAAGUAUCCUAUCUUUGUAGAGGUCUUCUUUGAAAGGGUUAAUUUGAUGCUAGAUGGCUGGCGGGGUAUGGAGGAACGGAAGGGACAACUAAAAGGCAGCGCCGAAUUGGAAAGUUUAUCCAAUAUAGAGGAAGCCUUUAAUGAAAAUGGGCAUGCUACAAGUAUCAACCUGGUGAAUGACCCAAAAGAAGAGCAACACAAAAAGGGGAACGCAAAAAAUAGCAACGUUUCAGAGUCCACAUAUGACAGAAGCACUCCCUGUGACGCCGAAAACUAUCAGACAUGUGUGCAGGAAAAGAAAGAUAUUUAUAAUGCCAGAAAUAGCAGCUCCUUUUUUACCACCGUUGGUGACCAUGUAGAACUGCGCAGAAGAAACAACACCACCUACUUUCACUACAAAAAUGUUAAAGAUUUGCUGUACAAGAGAACGGACAAACAAAUGCACAUGUUCAGUUUGGGAUGCCUCUACUACAUAGGCCACAGCAACUACAUGAUAAGGGAAAACGAAGUGGAAAGCAUUAAAAUAAAAGUAGAUAAAAAUAAGUUGGAAGAAAUGAUAAAGAGAAGGAACACACAAAGGGGGAGCGUAAAAGGGAUAGAAGGCGAAGAGUCUAAGGGGAUGGAUGACAUUCCAAAGGAGAUCCAUGCCAUUGAGCAGACAACUACCCCGAACGAUGAGCUUAACAAAAAGGGAUUAGAAGUAGACAAUGAAAAUGGGAAAAAAAGUGUUAAGGAAAAGAUGAAUAGGCAAGAUCUCGAUAAAAAAAAGGAUGCAAAUAAUGUGCGAGGAAACUUAACCAAAUUUUCAACGACUGCUCUGAGCGCUCGCCAAGAAAAACAACUUUUAGGAAGCAUACAAAUUAGCGUGCUCAAUAAUAACUACGAAUUUUACAAUUUAAAGUUCCUCGGAAAUAUACUAGAAACGAAGAACUACUGGAAUUUAGAACUCUUAAAGAGUAGCAUAAGAAAAGUGUAUAGCGGUAAAAAUGUGGACAUUUUUAAAAAUCACAUCAAUUUUGAUCUUUUACCUGUGGGGUAUAACCACUCAUUUAGGGUUCCCUAUGUGAACGACAAUAACCACGAUUUAUUCUUCCAUGUAGAGGUGGAAAAAAAGAUAAAAUGUGUCCUUGACAUCAGGCCUUUAAGUGGCUCCAUACCAGCGAAUAGCUCCUUUCCGUUCUGUGGUCAAAUUGACAUAAGAGAAGCCAUCAAUUUGGUGAACAAGCAAAUCUCGUUUAAGUUUUCUGCAAACCCUUUUAACAAGAAAAAUCACAAAGUGAAAGAUGAAGAUGGAGUGUAUAAUGAUUCCUUAUACGUAAGUUUAACCUCGGAAGAAGUAAAAUUUUACUGUAGUAAAAAAAAAAUUAUUUUCAAAAAUGUUCCCUUCUUUAAUUAUUCCAAGAGCGAAUUGGUGCUGGAAAAUAUGUCCAAUGUAAAAGUAUAUGUCGAAUUGAACAUCGUGCCAUUAAACGGGUUGGAUGACAUAACGUCUGUUUAUUCUUUCCGCCCGUUUAGCGAGAAAAGGGUUACCUCGUUAAUGAAUAGGGUGGAUAAAAAUCUCCUAAUGAAGGGAGUUACUGGAGAGAAGACAAAACAAUUGGGGGACUGGCCAGCCAAUCGUAACGAAGGGGGACACAUUAAAAACGCGUUGGAAGUUAACGAAUUGGUAGGAGAAACAGACAAAAGUGAAGAUAACCACGUAAUUGUUAACCCUAAUGAGGUACAUGCAGCGGAUAAGACGGGCGAAAAUAAACCCAUCGACGAGUUUUACUUAACCAAGUACGACUUGACCUUGUCCGAUUUUGGAGAUAAUCCACGCAACGGGGAAGGAAGCGGAUUUAACGAAACGCACACCGAGGAGAACGACGUGAUUGGAGAAUGCAGCGAAAUAAUUGGAAGUGGAGAUGUAACGACCAAACCACAGCAGCCAUGCAGGGUUAUAAAAAAAUACAUAACCAUCAAGGGAAAGCACAAGAAGCGCCUGGAACUGUUUUGCUUUCACCACAUGUACAUGAAAGCUUUCGACGCCGUGCUUCACAUAAGGAUAAAGUUCCACAACCAAAUUAGCAUACCGAUCAAGAUGACAUUCGAAAAUUACGAUCACAGCAACAUAGUUGUGUUGGCAGAUUCUAAUCACAACCGUGUUGUGCAGAACGUGGACCAGAAGAAAACAGUCCAAAAGAGUCACAAAAUUCUUCUACUCAGCAGGGGAGUCUUAAAAAAAAUAAAUUAUAAAAUAUACAUGUUGAACAUUUCGAACGAGAGCUUACAGUACUUUUUCGAGAAAAUGAGCGAAGUAGGAGGAAACGCAGGUAGAAGAAGCCCCAUUCUGAUGAGUAGCGGAAAACAGAACGAGGAAAAUAAGAAGAGCGAGAAUGAGAAGGAGAAGAAGAACAACUACAACAACAACGACAACAAUUCUGAGUGUAUUAACUAUAAAGGGUGUGUAAAAGAAAAUAACUUUUCCCUAAUCCGAUUCCUGUUUAACAUUUUCAAUUCCAUGGACUACAGUGGACGCUACAACCUUUAUGUAAAUGAUAAAAAAGAGCAAUCCAUCGACUUUCAGCUCAAGGUAAUUGAACCCAUAAUCUUUUUUAAUACAUCCUCUAUACAUAUCAACAAUUUAAUAUUAGGAAGAAGCUACUGCUUUGUUUUUUACCUUAUCAAUUUUGACCUAAUGGACAUCAACUUUGAGUUUGACCAAAAUUCGUACAACUCGUUUAACAGCAAAAAGGAGACCAUCAAGAUUGUUCCUUUUAGCGGCGUUGUGAAAUCAUGCUAUAGGAAGAAUAAGCACAUGUACAAGGAGAUAAGAAAACUAAAUGAGGAUAAUUCUGUAGCUGUAGACGAUUCCGAUAGAAAGGGAACUAUCGCGGAUGGGAACUCAUCCCCUCGUGCGACUUCCACGUCGAGCAAUUCGCACGAAAGUGAUUCUAAUGGAAGCGGUAUUCCGAGUGAUAUUCAUAACAAGGGUGCGUUAAUUGCAAAGAGGGAAGUGGUAAAAAAAAGGAUAAAGGUCAAUUACGUAAACCAUUAUGAGAAUAUUAGGCUGAACAGCGGUAGUGACAACUUGUCGUGCUCGUUCACGAAUUCGUCGGACGUGUCGGAAUCCUCAUCAAAUCUCAUUUCUGGGAAAAAUAAAGUAGAACAGAGGGCGAAAAAUGAACGAACCAUGCUAUAUGGAAGGUACAAGAAGGAAUACAUCCUCCCAGCACAUUUUCCACAAUGGGAAUACAUAAAUACAUCGUCUGAUUCUGGCAGUGAGUCAGAUAGCGAAUGGAAUAGCAAAGAGUGCGUGAGCUUACCAGAGGGAAACAGAGGAAAGGAUGACAUCCCUCACAGCAGUAAGUUUUUCCUGCUGAAUUAUUACCUGAGAAAUAUAUGGAAAAACGAUAGCAACAGAUUUGUAAGAGACAUUAAACAUAUGCGGGGAAAAGGAAGGUGUAAAAAAAUCAAGCUGUUCUUCAAACCACACCUCGAACAGUUCUACAAUUUUAACUUGCUAUGUAAAAUAGCGUCAAAGGAAGAACCCCUACAGAUUAAUUUCAAAACUCAGGUCAGUAAAAUUAAUAUAAAUUGCUACAUUGAAAAUUUCAAUAAGGAGAAAGUGCAACUAAAUUUGGAGGACUGCACAUGGAGUGCAAAGAAAAAGAAAUAUAAAAAUCACAUGAUCCAUAUUUACGAUCAUAUAGAUUUUAAAGAAACCUUAAUAGGACGAAAAAAAGACUCCAAAUUUGUUAUUGAAAAUUUGGGUAAUUUCGAUUUGGUUUAUAAAUACCACUUACAAAAAAAGGAUGAAGAAAUUCGUAUAAAGUGCACUGGGGAUUGUAUUCCCCAGAACUCCACGUAUUCCAUUUCUGUUGAAUAUAACCCUUUGAAGAACCAAACAUAUGUAAACUAUUUGACCAUUAAUAUUAUGGACUAUUAUCUCCUUACUUUAAAAAUCACUGCAGUUGCGAUUAGCUUUUUAAUUAAUUUUUCCUUUUAUAAUUAUGACUUUGGCAACGUUAUUUUGUUCCCCGUUUUGGAUGACAACACUAAGGUGAAGGGGAUAACGAACAUAGAUCAGCGCUGCGAAGAGAGUUUUUCCUCCAGUGAUAGCUCACUAUCUUCUUUGAUUUAUACCUUCAAAAAUAAUGAAAGGGAUAAGAGGGUGAAGGAGCGCGAGGAGGAGAAAGCCAAGGCGCUCUCUGGUCAAGACGCGCAGGGUGAGACUGGGAAGCAUAAAAAGGGCAAGAAGAAAAGGCACAAAAGGGAGAAGCAGGACAAGAAGGAGGGUAUAGCGAAGAAAACGAGGAAGGAUAAUACGCAGAAUGAAAUGGACGAAGAGGGGGACCAGGCCAAAACGGAAGGUGCCGCUGAACAGGCCGAGAAGGAAAAAGGGGAUGACAAAUCAAAAGAAGGCCACAAACAGAAGCGAAACAAUGAGAAACACACACCGGAUAAGGAGAAAAACACACCGGAUAAGGAGAAAGACACACCCGAUAAGCAGAAAAACACACCCGAUAAGCAGAAAAACACACCCGAUAAGGAGAAAAACAAAGGCGAGAAAAAAAAACAGGAAAAAGACCAAAGCAAAACAAACACUGCCAAUUUGAGCCAAAGUAUAAAAAGCGGAAGGGGCAAAGUCACCAAUGAUGUAGGAUCCAAAGGUAAAGAGGCGAAGAUGCAAAAAUAUCAUGAAGACUACGAAAUGGACGUCCUAUCAGAAAAGGAAAACAACAAUGCGGUAGAAACAAAACUUGUCAUUAGCAACAAUAAUGAUGAGGAUUGCUACAUAGAAUAUGAACUGAAUGAGGAAUGCCUUUCUAUAACAAACCUUCGAAAAAAGAUACAUCUUAAAAGAAAAAGCAAGAUCUGUAUUUUUAUCCAAUUUAAACCAAAUGAAGAAAAGAAUUAUAACUACAAAAUACCUUUUAUGAUAAACGGAGAUGUGAACAAAAUGAUUUACAUCCAUCUAACAGGAUCAGCCACGCAUUUCAAAUUGCCCUUUUCUAGUAAUAAUUCGAACGAAAUUAAUUUUGAGGAUGUACAUGUAGAUAAAGAAAGCAUUUCAAAAUUUACACUUCACAAUAAGAAUUCAGAAGAUAUAUCUUUUAACGUAUUAAAUUAUGGCUACUUAGAGAAGCACUACCUCUCGUUUGUCAAGUUUGAUAAUUCUGUUUUGCACAUUUUAAAGAAGAAGGAAAAAAAGACAUUCGAGGUGAAGUUCCUCCCCGAAAAGUAUCUUAACCUGCAGAUCCCCCUAUACCUGAGUGUAUGCUACCGGGGGAAAAGAAUAGCCUAUUACUUAACGAGCAUUAAAUUGAGAAGCAUAUGCUACAAAAUUGUUCUGAAGGAGAAUUUGCUCACUUUCAACAAGGAGGGGCAACAAGAAGGGGACGCGCUGUGCACCGCAGACGCAACUCGAGUUAGCCAAGCGGGAGAAGUUAGCCAAGCGGAAGAAGUUAGCCAAGUUGACGAAGUUAAGGAAAAGCUGUUCAAGGGCGCGUACCGCAACGACUCCAUAAAGGGCAAGAAAAUCGAGCUGCACAACCGGGGCGACAUGAACGCCCAGUUUCAAGUUGUGUACCCACAAAGAUACGAAAAAUUCUUGCAGUUAUAUCCAAAAAAGGGGAUUAUCUUUUCCUUCAACAUAACAAGCAUUUACAUCUUUGUGGACACCGAUUUCGUAACGAAGGAUUUGUUCCUGAACGAUGUGUUCGUGGAUUUGCUCCCCAAAUUUAAUAAAAUCAAUAGCAAAAUUUUCUUAAACAUAUUUAUUAAUACGGGUAAUGAUAUGAACAAGUGUAGGAAUGGGGAUGUCAAUAAUUCGAAGUUGAUCACUGCAGGGCGAAAUGUACAGAAUGGGGAGACCGCCAAUGAUGGGAACACCGCCACUGUUGAUGAGGCCCAAAAUGAAGGGGGAAAAAAGCGAGGCGCAGACCACCCCGAAAAAAGCCAAAACACCCAUUGUGACGACAAAAACGUUAAUGCAAUUUGCUUAAAAAAUGAAACCAUUGUCACAUUCCUGACGGACAUAAGAAAACAGAUAAGCAAGACCAUCGAAAUAUGCAACGAAACGGAAUCUAACUUUAAAAUGAAAUAUAAGUUCCUGUCCAAUGAGAACAAUUUUUUCUCGCUGGCAAAACACGAAGACGUUGUGAAACCGAACGAAAGCGGAACAUUUCAAAUUGUUUACAAUCCUCUUUUUGUGCAGAAAAGGAAGAAAAACAGUAAUAACUAUCACAACACUUUGUGCUUAAAAUAUUUGAAAUAUUUUCCCCAAAUUCAUCAUGUAUCCAAACUGGUAAUUUAUUACCCCAAGGAGGUGGUGAAGAAUUAUACCUUAUUAGGCUAUGCAAAUAGUACCACUUACGAAAAGAAGAAAAGUUUCAAUUUCAAAUCGAAGGUUUUGAACAGUGCUUCCAUCAGAAUAAAGAAUUGGAUAAAUGAAAACCAGACGCUCUUCGUUUCGUCUCUUGUUUGUGACAAAGACUUGAACAUUUCGCAUAGCGACUGCUUCUUUUUUUACGUGAGUGCAGCUAUACAAAACAAGUUGGAGCUAACCAAUAAGGAGGAGAAAAACGUGCCAUUUAAAGUCAUAUCAUUGAAGGAAGGAACGUACCAUGUGAUGCUGACCUUUUCGAAUGAAAAAUAUGAAGACGCGUAUAAGAUCCUCCUCCAGUUUGAAAUAACCAAAAGCGAAUUCCUGUCCAUAAAAAAUGUAAAGGGAAAUAAAAAAGAAAUAUUAAAAGAGCAAGUGAGCAUUUAUAACCCCCUGGAUGAGGAUAUAAAAAUGGAUGCACUCCUUGACUACACUUACGCAUUUUUGGACAAAUCUAUAAUUCUCCAGAGGAAAAGAAAUAAUAAUGUUAACAUAUACUUCUGCAUCGUCAGAAACGAGAUUGACAGAGACGUCACCAUUUCGUUUGCUAAUAAAACAACAGGAACGUACAAAUUUAAAUUUAUUCUCAACGUAAGUAUGAACGAUUUCGAAGAUAACUUUUACUUCAACACUGAUUUGGGGUCUAUUCAAAUAAAUGAAAUAUCUUUUACAAAUGUGUGCAACCAGAAAAUUAAUUACGAUGUGGUCAUAGAAGAUUAUGACGAGGAGAACAAAAACUCGAAGCAGAUAUUCCAGUGCGUCGACAAAUCCGUGAGUGCUAAAUCGGUGGAUACAAAUUUUUUCUUAAAGAACGAGACCCUCAAUAACUUGACGGAGAAGAUUACCCUUACCGUCAAAUAUAAUCCCCCCGACGUGAAGACGAAUAAAGCCGUCUUGAAGCUCCUCUCAAAGGAGGGCAUCAUUUACAAGGGGCUCCUAAUCGGGAAAAGUGUAGCACCGAAACCGAAGGGACCGAUAUUCUGCUCGUCGCAAAAAACCACACUCAUUUCAUUUACGAAUCCGUUCUUUCACGUGAAGCAGUUUUUUUUAAAAACGGACGAAUUCUUUUCUGUCCCAUUUGAAGUCAUGAAAGUGGAAGGACGCCAAACACUUCAUAUACCAGUCAAAUGCAAAGCCACAAGUGCCAUCUCUGGCAAGCUCAUAAUCAAGUCGGAGGAUGACAUCAGUUGGAUGUAUUAUUUGACAGGACAGUAA